GAAUUUGACAUUCAACAGAUGCAUUUUGGAUGCGGCAGUUGGUUGGUUGAAGUCGAUUGUCGGUCGAAUUUCGUUUGUUUCGCUAGAUUUCCUCAAUAUAAUCAUCUACCGCCCAGCUCGGCAUCUUUGUUUUGUCGUAGGCACUUGUACAAGGAUUGUUUGAAGCACAGCGGAGCAAGCAUCGUUUCAGUUGAGAGCUCACCUCCUGUAAUCCAGCAUUCCGAAUCGUCGUGCUCAAUCUACCGAACCAUCUCCCGUAAGAUGCCAGAAAUCCGACUGACCAGAGCUAUGAUAACGAAAAAGAAUACCAAUCGGCUGUGCAAAAAACGGUUCCCAAAGAGUGCUACAAAAACGCUCAGCACGGCGAUAGCACGUCGAAAAGUUGUACCUUCACGACGACGGCGAAGACGACAACAACGCCAAAUAGCACCGCUUCCUCAACGAUCAUCUGCAGCAAUUCCAGUAACGCCAAGCACCGAUUAUGAACGGUUUCGCUACGUCUGUCUGUUGAGGUUACUCGUUUCGGAAUUUUUCGUCGGUGGACAAUUGAUUGAAACCGAUCAUAUGCGUACACCUGAACUCAUCAGUACCAUCAAUUACAUCAAUCAUCAUUUGUCCAGUGGAUAAUGCUUUUCGAAUCGUAAUCGGAUGGUUGAGCAGCAUCUUGCCAAACCAUCGGAGGCCUGCUGUGCAGUAGCCUUCAAUAGUACAAACAAUGGAAGGAAAAAAGGGAUAAUUCCCAUUUCCCGCAUUGGUUCCCAAGCUAAGUUCUUAAAUCUAGAAAAAAUAUUUAUACAUUAUUCAAUUCCGCAUGGCUUACAUUGAUGUGAUACAUACAAAAACAAAUAAAAAGCGUUGUAGCCAAUGCGCUGUAAAACAAACGUUCGGAUUUGGGGUAAGUAACUGUUGGGCUCGCCCUCGCCUAACGACAAACGCCAACUAGCUUGAAAUGUAAACAAACAGAACAGAUUCACGAACGAACACCGCGAACGUUACGAAACGACACACACAAACCGGUCUCGGCAGGAAAGAACAGAUGAUGAUUUUCAAACGGUUAGCGUGUGCAUUAGCAGUCCAGGUCCAAUCUAGCAGACAAUGGGUAAACACGGCAACCAGAACGUUGUGUUCGAAACCGAACCAACGGCAGGCAGAGUUAAUGGCUAGAAGUUUACCGAAAAGAAUGCCACUGCCGGGCGUACAGCACAUAGUGGUAGUUUCGUCCGGUAAGGGCGGCGUGGGCAAGACAACGACGGCCGUUAAUCUGGCCGUUACCUUGGCCCGGCACGGCAAGAAGGUGGGUCUGUUGGACGGGGACAUAUUUGGCCCAUCGGUGCCCAGGAUGAUGAACGUUAGCGAAGCACCGCUGGUGGAUGAACACAACCGGAUGGUUCCGUUGCUGAAUUACGGUGUAAAAUGUUUAUCGAUGGGCUUGCUGGUCGACACGGGUCCCGUAGUUUGGCGUGGCCCACUCGUAAUGUCCGCCAUCCAACGGUUACUGAAGGGUGCCGUCUGGGGACCGCUCGAUAUCCUUGUCGUCGACACACCACCCGGCACCGGUGAUGUGCAUCUUUCGCUCAGCCAAAACGUACCCAUCGAUGGAGUGGUGCUGGUCAGCUCACCCCAAGCGGCGGCACUAGAUAUUACCAAAAAAGGAGCGCAAAUGUAUCGCACGCUACAGGUACCGUUGAUCGGAUUGGUGGAAAACAUGAGCCACGUCGUGUGCGACCAGUGUUCGAACCGGAUCGAGUUUGCGGACAAUCUAAUCGACCAGUACGUGCAGGAACUGUCGGUCGAGGUGCUUGCCCGUGUUCCGAUCGAGAAGGACGUGAUGCGGUGUAGUGACGCCGGUACGCCGGUUUGCUUGAAAUUUCCGGACUCUCAGCUAGCCAAAGCGUACGAUACGAUCGCAUCGAAAGUGGUGGAGUUUUUAGCUAGUAAACAACAACGAUAAACUUUA